UGGUGAUCAGUGGACUAAUAACUGCGCCCCCUUGAGGGAGCGGACCUUGAUAGCUCAGUAGUGGGAGCCGGCCCUAUGAUUACUGUCGCCAGAAUAUACAGUUUAACAGUCCAGGCCUCCAAUGUUGCAUGUUUUUACAUACUUUGCUGACAGGAGUUCAAAACCCGCGGCAUUUAUUUUCGUGCGAGCGCCGAAACGCUGGCCUACUAAGCAGAGCGCAAAUACAAUGGAAACACUGCGGGCCGGGGCGGAUGUGCUCUGUAACCAUGGAGACGCACGGCGUCAGUAUGGCUGGAAGAGGGGAAAUGGAACAGCGGAGUCCUGACUGUCUGCGCUGGAGCUGCCGGGAGGUUGGUGGCUGGAUCCGGCUCAAGGGCUUCCCUCAAUAUGAGGCCUGCUUCACCCAAAACUAUAUCAGUGGCAGAAAGCUUAUCCAUGUUAACUGCUCCACCCUCCCUCAGAUUGGAGUCACAGAUUUCCAGCAUAUGAAGGAAAUGUCCAUGCUUAUUAGAGAUCUGCUUGGCAUCACCGAACCCUUAUGGACCCACAGUGUUUCCCUGCCCCACAGAGACAACAUGGGGCUGUAUCUGGAAAAGAAAUCGCAGACCGGAGUGAAUACAGAUUCUCUAACUUACAGUCAGUUCAUCAAACAGCAGGGACUGCAGAAUCAUUGGGCAGUAUAAGACGAGGCAGAGAUUGGUUCAGCAGAAUUGAAUUUGCUGCUUCAUAUAAUUUACCAAACUUCAUUGUGUGGAUUAAGCAGAAAAUGUUCAGUAAAGCAUCAAUAUCCUUUAGCGUUUUAUUGAUUGUGACUGUGCCAAACUAUAUCAGAAAUGUACCCUUAGGGGUAGAUGUACCAUGCCUUUAUAUUUAUUCAUUAAUAAAAUAUUAGCAAAGUUUAGAUUUAACAAAGACAUUUUUAUAUUUUACAAUCCAUAACCUCUGAUUGCCAUUUGCAGUGGGGUUAAUAAUUAAAGAAACAGUAACACCAAAAAUAAAGUGUUUGAAAGUAAUAAAAAUAUAAUGUACUGUUGCGCUACACUGGUGAAGCUGGCCAGGUUUAAAAAUCCCAUUGGAUCCAGGCCUGUAUUCUCAUCAUUGUGAUCCACUAGGGCCCAAGGAUCGGAUUAGCCCAAUAUUGCCCAACUCAAGGUGGGCAUAUAUGGAAGAGAUCGCCAGAUGAGCGGAUCUCAGCAUGUAUGGCCACCUUAAAUCUGAAUGGUUAGUUUUAGCUCAUGACAUUAAAUCGCUUUAUCGAAAUUCGAAUGUUCAUCAUAUGACAAAGAAAAUCUGUGUGUAUGGCCAGUUUAAAAUUGGUGUGUUUGCUGAAAGACUCCUAUAGUUUAUAUAAACAAGCUGCUGUGUAAACAUUGGGGCAGUCAUUCAGUUUGAAAAAAGGAAAAAAACCUCAG